UUCACGAUUCGAUGCAAGUGGUCUUGUAUCGUUGCAAAAGUGCAAAAGUGUAACAUUUUCUUGCACUAAAACAACAAAAUAUACAGACUACAAUUUUGUUACACUUUUGCACUUUUGCUAUACCCGAACCCUAUUGCAACACAAAAAUACAACGGUGCAAAAUUUGUCUGUUGUAGUUGACAGUUUGGCAGCUGUCAUUUUAUCAGAAAUUUUGGUGGGCUUUAAGUUUAAAUUGAAUUUGAAGUUAUUGCCGCAUUUAUGCCAACGACAAAAAUCAGAAAAAAGAAUGGAAAAAAAAGAUUCAGAUCUAAGGAAUAUAAAGAAGUGCCGUCGACGUGACAAAGCGGUAAAAAAAUGGACGGAAAAAGAAAUUUUAAUUAUAUUAGAUUACAUUCAAGAAGCUGGAAACUUCGAGAAGCCAACAGCACAAAUAUUUUACAGAAAACUGUUAGAACAGAAGCCAUUAGACGCCACUUGGGAGUUGAUCAGGUGGAAAAUGAGAAGCCUGAAAACUUCAUUUUCUAAAGCUACAGAGUGGCAAAAAUCAACUGGUGCUGGUCUCAUGGAAACAGAAAAGGGACUUGGUACUGUUCAAGCAAAAGUUCUUAAAAUCUGUCCCUACUACGACAGAUUGAAGGAGAUUUUUGGUGACAAAACCGAAGGCCGCACUUCUUUCCAAACAUAUGAGCUUCCAGAUUUCGUUUGUUCAGACGAAGAAACCCCGGAUCAACUUGGAUAUGAGAUUAUUGAGAUAAUCGAGGAACAAACCUCAAAUGAUCCAAUUGUGUCCAUCGAAUCUCCUCCUAGUCCAUUAUUUGAGCUUUCUUGUGUAGAACCACAGCCACCAAUACCAAUCACACCAACAACACAAGAAAACGGUAAAUCUGGUGAAGAGCCAUUGAGUAAUCCUCGUAAAUGUGCCGAUAAACUUCGGAAAUUUGCCCCAAGAACAGCCAUCGACCAGCUGUCCCAACUUCAUGCAGAAAGACAAGCCUUCCAGGAAAAAAAAUUAAAGUUAGAAACCGAUAAACUCAUUCAAAAUGCCGAUAUUGAAGAAAAAAAACUUAAUCUAGAAAAAGAAAAAAUGCAGAAAGCAUUAGAAAUAGAGGAGAGAAAACUUCAACUCGAAGAAGAAAAGAUAAAAAAUGAUUUUGAGAUAAGAAAACUCCAAAUUGAAAAAGAUGAACGAAUUGCAUUGAGAGAAAUUGAACUGAAAUACAAAAAUGGAUAA